GCCCAAUCAGCAGCCGGGAAGGUCACGUGAUGCACACCGGGCAGACGAGGGAGAGCCGUUCGAGGCGCCCGCUGUACGUCCCGUUACCUCCCGGUCCGCCAUGGAAAGUCUAGUCACUCGAGCACGAUAAACAAAGAUGAAGUUCGCUACUGAGGAAGAGAUCGCUGCACACAACCGUGCCACCGUCCGUGGUGCCAUCGAGGGCACAGCCGCCGGCCUCGCCCUCUCCGUGCCCGGGUCCCUCUACCUCCACCGCCGCUGGCCCGCCUACCGCGCCCUCCCCAUCCAGCUCAAGGUCAUGUUCUGCAUCUUCGUCACCGCACCCCUCUACGCCAUCCAGGCCGAGCGCCGUGGUGUCCAGUACGACGAGUCGACAUGGACGGGCGCGGGCAAGCGCGAACUCAAGCGGUUAGAGACCGACGAGGAGACCCGCUGGAAUCGCCUCAAUACCCAGGAGAAGUUUAAGGACUGGGCCUUCCGCAACCAAAUCAAGAUCGUCAUGGGCAGCUGGGCGGCCGGCAUGGCCCUUGCCGGUGGUAUUAUCUGGCGCGACAGGCAGCAGUCUGCUACCCAAAAGAUUGUUCAAGUCCGUAUGUGGGCUCAGGGACUGGCCAUCGGCGUGCUUAUCGCCGCUGCUGUCUUGACACAGUCGAACAGCAAGGAUGCCGCUGAGCACCGCAUGGUGGACCACUCAUGGCGGGGCAUGGUGCAGGAGUUCGAGGACGAAGAGCGUGCUCGCGAGAAGUACCGGCUCAUGCACCCCCCCACCCGCACCCCUUCAUCAUCGUCAUAAGCUGCUCACCUAUCCCUCGGACCAUUCCGUUCAUGACCGUCAUGCCACGCCACUAUUCCCUAACCACCUUCUAAUCCACACGACUAGAGUCAGUCUUGGUUUCAGACAGCACAGUCUAGACAUACCGUCUGCGUUCAUGAGGUUGUGAUAAAUUAUACUACCCACUGUAUCCUUUGACUG